CCCAGCUUUCCGGAAGAUCAAUUGGCAAGAAUUCGCGACCCUAUCAACGCAGCUGUCACCAUUCUUGCGCGCAACUCAGUGCUACUCUCACAGAAAUGGCCUCGGAAAGACAGCCUUCGCCCAAGGCGGCGAAAAGAUCGCGCUCAGAAAUGGAAGAUGAUUCUCCGCAAAAGCCCGCAGUUGACGAUGAAGAUACCUCCUCUGACGAUGACUUCGGCCCUGCCCUCCCUGCCUCGGCCCCAAAGAGGAAAAAGCGAAAGCUUCCGUAUGAGAAGCUCUACAUCGCCGCCUUGCCCUCCGCCGGCCGCUACUUCAGGUCGUUGAUGCACAGAGAUCAGCUCUCCUUCACCGUCUUCACCCCCUUUACCGAAUUCCUCAUCACCACCUCCGUCGACGGCGUCGUCAAGUUCUGGAAGAAGGAUUUUGGCGGCAUCGAGUUCGUCAAGGAGUUCAAGGCGCAUGAUGGAGAGAUUCGGUCGGUCAGCGUCAGCGCAGAUGGGAGGAGUUUCGCUACGGCAGGGUCGGAUAACACUGUGAAGAUCUUUGAUGUGGCUACGUUCGACCUGCUUUCCAUGCUGAAUCUGGAUUAUGCUCCCAAGGCCGUGUGCUGGGUUCAUGGGCGAGGGGCGUCGCUUCCGCUGCUGGCCAUAUCUUCGGACGAGAACCCCAUGAUCAGGAUAUACGACGGUAGAGGGGAGAACCAGGAGCCGUUGCAUGUGUUGAAGAGCUUGCACAGGGCACCGGUGAUACUGAUGGCCUACAACAACGAGUACGAUUGCGUCGUCUCGGUGGAUCAGGGCGGCAUGCUGGAAUACUGGCGGCCGAGCGGAAACUAUGAGAAACCAGACAAUGUCUUCUCCAUGAAAAGCUCGACCAAUCUGUUCGAGUUCAAGAAGUCCAAAAGUGUACCCUCUUCCAUCACAAUGUCACCUACAGGAAAGCAGUUCGCUACUUUCUCGUUCCCGGAUCGCAAGGUCAGAGUUUUCGACUUUGCUUCGGGCAAACUCCAUCGGACCUACGACGAGUCCAUCGAGACUAUUACAGAGAUGCUGCAAGCAGGGACCGCGCUGCAGAAACUGGAAGACCUGGAGUUUGGCCGUCGGUUAGGGAUAGAGCGCGAGCUAGACCAUCCCACUAUGCGCUCCCGGAUGAACGUCAUCUUUGACGAGACGGGCAACUUUAUUCUUUACGGUUCCAUGUACGGCGUCAAGGUCAUCAAUACGCUGACCAACCGCGUCGUCAAGGUAUACGGCAAGGACGAAGCUCUACGCCCGCUGAAUGUAGCACUGUAUCAGGGGCAACCCGAGAAGAAAGGCGUCGUCACGGUAGAGAUGGCCGCAAGCGAAAAUCCCCUGCUUCAAGAAGCAGAGGCGCGUGAUGCCAUGCUGGUGUGCACCGGGUCUGGAAAGGUCCGCUUUUACAUGUUCACCAACAACGACAGCGUCUCCAAAUCCGAGCGAGAUAUCCAAAACGAACGACCCCGCGACGCCAACGCCAAAGCCGUCCAAGAGACCAAAAAAGCCGCCUCCGCCACCUCGGCCACCAUUCACACCACCUACGGCGACAUCACCAUCCGCCUCUUCCCCGAGGCGGCCCCCAAGGCGGUCGAAAACUUCGUCACCCACGCAAAGAACGGAUACUACAACGACGUCAUCUUCCACCGCGUCAUCCGCAAGUUCAUGAUCCAGACGGGUGACCCCCUGGGCGACGGCACCGGCGGAGAGAGUAUCUGGGGCAAGGAAUUCGAGGACGAGUUCUCGACGCUCAAACAUGAUAAGCCGUAUACGGUCAGCAUGGCGAAUGCGGGGCCCAACACCAAUGGGUCGCAGUUUUUCAUCACGACGGAGAAGACGCCGUGGCUGGAUGGGAAGCAUACGAUUUUCGGCCGGGCGAUUCAGGGGUUGGAUGUCGUGCACAAGAUUGAGAAUGCAAAGGUGUACAAAGAGAAGCCGCAGGAGGAUAUCAAGAUCAUCAAUAUAUCUGUGGCAUAGUUGGUUUGGCGGGUAUCAUGUUUCAAUCUUGCUGCAUAGCGAUCCCAUACCCAUCUUGUCUUUGUCGCAUUUGAAUCGAUCUAGUGGACAAGCCCCAGCUCGAGGCAAACUGCAGGUGAUGUUCAAAAUAUGGGAUACUGCUACCGAAG